UUUUUCCACACUACUACAUAGUAGUGAAAUAUGUUCGCGCGCGGGGGUGGUGUGUGCGCGUGACUGUCUGAGUUUGAAUGGCUCGUUCCAGUGACUGCUGCUAUUAUCUGUACUGUUCCAAUUCACACACCGAUUUUUUUCAUUAAGACAUUAUUUAGUAUGUCGUUGGCUGGUGUAGGCAAAAACUUGACUCACACGCGCACUAGUAUUUGUUGAUGGUGUCCAGCAGUGAGCUUUCGAUCCCAGUGCCCUCAAGCCAGAAAGUCACGGUGGCGCCGACUCUCCAUUUCUGGUGUCUGCGCUCCCACGGGUCACUCAAAGCUCGAGAGAGGGGAGAGAUAUGGCCGCUUGUAACUUUAGCGGGCUAAGAGGCAUUUCCCACCGUGUAUUUAUUAUAGGUCUAUCGGUGCUAGUGCUCGUCCAAUUACUGGUUAGUUUAACGGUGCCGCGCGCAUUUAGCAGCACGAGCGAUGACCAACCUGCUUUUCUCGUUAUAAGCAUAGAGAGGAAUGAUGGCGGGUCGCUGACGUCUGAGGUUAGAAAAAAUGAGCGGGAUUUGGAAAGCGGUCUCUGGACUGACGAGGAUUCAAGACUGACAGGAUACGAAGACGAAAACGAGCUUGAAGGACCUCAGGCCGCAGCCAGAGAGCUGAUACUGCAGCCAUGGGCAUCAAAACAACCCUCGUUUUUUGCAGAGCUGCUGCGUCUUACCCAGUUCAUCACCACAACAGAGGUGAACUGCUCUGUGGUUCAGGAUUCAGAUGGGAAUCAAUCUAAACACUCUCCUGGUCACUCGGAUGUUUUAUGCAUUAACCACUGGAAGGGCAAAAGAGGCUGUGUGGCCUACUCAUUCAGUCUGGAUGGGAAGGAUGCUGCAUUUUUAGACACAGUGUUGUACGCGGGGUGUGAGGUUCAUCGCUUUGACCCCAGCGGUCGAGGGGGUCGAGAGCCUGCAUAUAUUAAGAAUCAUCGGGCUUGGUUAGACUGGAGAAACCCACGCAGUCACUCACAAGCAGGCCUCAUGGGUAAUGUACAGCAUAGGCUGCUUGACAUUAUGGAGUCCCUGGGCCACACAACGGUGGAUGUCCUGUGUAUGGAUUUGGAGAGCGCCGAAUGGCGCAUUUUAGAAAGCUGGAUUAAGGAUGGAACUCUCAAAAGGAUCAAUCAGCUCAUUCUGACCAUUCAUCUGCAGUGGGCGGGGUUUGAGGUGGGUGGAGAUGAAGAGGAGGUGGUGCGUUUUUGGUACAGUGUACUGAGAGCCGUCCGCAUCUCAGGACUCCAACUCGUGCAUUCCGCACCUGGCCCGGGACACAUAGUGCUGAGACACAAACUGGCCAACUCACACAGCUCAUACACACUCAGCUGGAUAAGGACAAGAGAGCAGGCCAGAUAACCCACUGCAAAACCUGUAUAGACACAGAAGCAAAACUGAAAAAGACAGAUGACAGAUGUGUCUAAGAGUACUUUAAACCAAAGCAGGGUUGUUUAAUGAAAUUGACAUGUUAAAUGCAUACAAAUAUACAUCACAUUUUAAAGAGGUAAAGUUGCAUAUUAGUAUGAUUUGUUUCUGUCUACAUGCUAAGAAAUGCCGUCUAGUGGUUGUGAACGGUACUGCAUUGUGCGCGCAAUUAAUUCUAUAAUCAUUUAACAGUCAUAUUACAUUCACUUUAAAGUCAUUUUCAUACAAUAGGGCUACGUGCAAUAUUUUUCAAGUGCAUUGUUUAAAAUGAAAUAAAAUAUACACAAAAAUGUC